CCCGCACGCUAACUGAGCCUUUGUCACUCUUUGCUCGAGUCAAGCAACCCACUGCCCAUGACAAAAAAACACACAUACGUGCACACGCACACGCAGCCUCCCACGCCACCAGAAAACAGAGUGUCUCUCGCUCUCUUCACAUACAGGCACGCGCACGCAUACCCCUCUAUGCUAGAUCUAUGAAAGAUUUCACAGAGGGCCGCUACCAGCGAUAGAGGCAGUUUUGUAUAGGAGUCCAGCACGUCUUGCCAGGUUUGAAACGGACCUUUCAGCUGCUUGAUAUAUGUACUUAUUGUCUAUUGUAUGAACUUAUUGGUUAUUGCAAUUCCUCCUGAGCAUGUAUGUCUCCCCAAUCCUCCUCAACGCCGACAACUAUUGAUGACUGUAUCUCAUCAUGCAUGCAUGAGUGAGAGGGUCCACAACCAUAUCGUCUCUCAUUCCGAUACCUCAGAUCGACCGAUCUUGUUUUUUUCUAGACGGGCUAGUACGAGGCAGCGAAUAUUUUUUCUUGUUGCGCGACUCAACUUUGUCAGCCGCUCAAUCUCGAUCGUGAGAGUGGUCGAAAAUUUCUCCUUCAGUCUUGCCUCGAAUAUCGCCGGAGGAUGCCCAAGCCGUCGCCGUCGGUCACCCGUGAGAACGCCACAAGCUGGCUCAGACAAAUGUUUGUGUUGCUGACCCAUACGGCUGGCCUCAGAUCGAUAAUCAGGCGCUCUUUCGUCGUAGACUGCAGCUUUCAGAAAGUCAAUGCGCUGGCGCUGAUUAUCGGCAGCUGCGUUCGUCGGAGGUUAUAUUUAUGCUUCGGAAUCAGCUUCUCCUCGUCUGGUGACGCGGGAAUUCGCGACGGUAUCUCAAUAGUGAAGGUGUCGGUGUGAGGAAAGACCGGCGUGAGAGGCUUUCCGGACGGCGACAACGGCACGCCGUCGAUAGGAGUGUGGUCCGCCUUCUCCACGUCCAUGAAGACGUACAGCGGUAGCUCGGUCGCGACAAUGAUGUCGACCGGCCGAUCGGACACUGUUGCUGUGUGCUUAGAGAAGAAGGCGGAGGGGCUGAAAGCGGCCAAGUGGAAGGUCGCCUGGCUUCCAUUGUUGAUGUGCAACUCUGUCGCAUCAUUGCAGGUGAGUAAGUACUGCUGGUCUCGGAUGAGGGCCAAAAUCUGCGGCAUGUUGCCGGUCUUGAUCUUAGAAAUCAUGGACAGAUGCCUGUGGAGCUCUCGAGACGGCCGUUUUUCCUGGCUGCGUUCAGUGAUGUCCAUAUCGUCGGCCACGCACAAAAGAAUCGGCUUGUGUUCUUUGUCGGCGGCACAGAGGGCAUUGAUCAUCGCCAAAGGGAUCCGCAGCUCGGCCCCCCACACGCCAAUAGGCGCGGUCUGCCAUUUAGGGUCGGUCAUGUCAAUGGCGCUCCCAGGCCCGCCAAUGACGCGUGUCUCCAGCCAUCGAUAGUCUUCUUCAGUGAGCCUCUCAUUGCGGAACCGCUCGAGGAACGCCUGAUACCUGCGGCCGCUCUCCGUCUGCUUGAAUCGCAUGCCAUCCUCCAGAAGCACGACGGUAUCGAACAGGGUCUUGUACAGCCGCAUACCUGCAAGAUAUCACCAUGUCUCCUCUGUCCCUGCUCUGUGCAAUGCAGUGCGUUCUAUUAUCGGAAGGCUUCGUCGUCUUUGCGUACAGCGCCGUCCUACCAAUGGGCCCAAACUGUUUGACGUCUCCGGACAAGAGAAUGCUCAUGUUCCCAAACGGAGGCUGGUGCUUGGCAUGCUGCUCUUCGGUGGCCCGCAGCUCACGCAGGCGAGCGUUCAUCUUUUCGAACAAGCUGGCGUACAGCAUCGAGUACUCGUCCACUAACAGAUACCACGUCUGCUGCCAUAGGACCUGAAAUGACAGCUCCUUCCGCAU